AUGACAGUCCUCGUGAUUCCGAUCGCUAGCGAAAGCUCUGGCUUCCAACUUCAACCUUCCCGGCUUCAUCCACUAGACCACCAUCUCCUCUCUCACUCGCCCCUCUUUCAACCAACGCAAUUGCGGUCAACACCUUCCCGUGUGGUCAAUUGCAUCACCAUGUCGCUCUCCUCCGCCUCUAGCACCCUGCUGCGCACCUGCGCCCGCCAGCAGCUCCCGACUACCCGCGCCGCCGUCACCUCCUGCCAGCAGCGGAGGGGAGUCGCUGAUGCGAAGGCAUCGUUCGAAAGCCCCUUCGUGAACGCUGGUGAGCGCGGCUCAACUGUCAAGAUCCCCAACUUCGGCAAAUACCAGUCCAAGAGCUCUCCUCGGUCCAACCAUGUCUUCUCCUACUUCAUGGCCGGCACCAUGGGUCUGGCUUCCGCUGUCGGUGCCAAGGCCACUGUCCAGGACUUCCUCGUGAACAUGUCCGCCUCCGCCGACGUCUUGGCCCAGGCUAAGGUUGAAAUUGCUCUCGGUGCCAUCCCUGAGGGCAAGAACGUCAUCAUCAAGUGGCGUGGUAAGCCCGUCUUCAUCCGUCACCGUACCCAGAGUGAGAUCGAUGAGGCCCGCCAGACCAAGUGGGAGACCUUCCGUGAUCCCCAGUCCGAUGAGGACCGUGUGCAACGCCCAGAGUGGCUGGUCAUGUUGGGUGUCUGCACCCACCUUGGUUGUGUCCCCAUCGGUGAGGCCGGUGACUACGGCGGCUGGUUCUGCCCCUGCCACGGUUCCCACUACGAUAUCUCCGGCCGUAUUAGACGGGGCCCUGCUCCUCUAAACCUGGAAAUUCCCGCCUACCAGUUCCCCGAGGACGAGACUCUCGUUAUCGGUUAA